UUACUCCACGUUUCUAUCAGAGGGCGGGGCUAGGACGUAACGAAAGGAAGUCAUGAAGGAAGGGAGGAUUGACAAAUAAAGAAUUGAUAUGUACCCCGGGUGUUGUCCAGAAAGCAGAGUAGCCCCAGUCUAAUACAAAUUGUGCAGCAUAAAAACGACAAGUCGAACAGGCUGAUAGCACUCUCCACAGCAGCGCAAUCCCAUCCACCGUCUGCACGGUCCCAUCCAAUCAGUGUAUUACUUGGUUUGUCGCCACUUCCUAUUGGAAUAUGGCUGUCAUUCGUGGGCGAACUUACGCGACAGCUUAGAGAUGGUCGCAUUACCAGUAAUGACAGAUAGACAGUCAAGAUCAGAAAAGGUCUAUGCUCAAAAAUAAGGGUUGUUGAGCAGCAAAGCAGAGCCUCAUCUGGGGACUGGGCAAGCAAAGCCAGAGUAAGCAUCACUGUCGCCCCAGACAACCAGUGCAGCACCCUCUGACAGAGCAUGCGAACAGAGCAUGCGAACAGGCAGAGUCAACAGAUGUCAUGGAGCUAAAGGAUAAGAAACAGGAGGAGCAGCAGGUGACCCCUCUUGGGCUAUCUACGACUCAGGCUCUCCGGACAUUGCACACCCAGCUCUCCAAUCUCCUGGAGCAGCACCAGAGGUCUGGCAGAAGGAGACCCACCCUACAGGAUCUAUGGACACAGAGCUUUCUCCACCAAAACAAUCGCCACUCUUGCUUUCACUGGCCAGGAGCGGCACUCACUCUGCUGGUGGUCUUGGGGCUGCUCUGCUGCCACGGCAGCCAGCCACAUGGCAGUGGUGGGAUCGAGCUGGUGAAUGCUGGGGCUCUCUCCCUUCUGCUCCUGCUCAACCUGCUCCUCGUCAGCCGUCAACAGCGCUUGAUGAAGAGUGAAAUGGUUCGGAGGCUCAACGCCAUCAUCACACAGCUCAGUGAUCAUCUGGAAGUCUGUGGAGAGCAGCCAUUCAGAUGGGCCCCUGCGCUCUACCCUGACCUCUACACUCCUUCCUCCCCAUCCUGGUCCCUGCACUGGACCUAUCGAGAUGAACAGCUGGUCAAUCUACCGGUCAGUCUGCUGGUGGAGGGGGAUGUCAUUGCUCUGAGGCCUGGUCAGGAGACUUUUGCUUCUCUCAGAGGAAUCAAGGAUGAUGAGCACAUUGUGCUGGAGCCAGGAGAUCUCUUCCCUCCGUUCUCCCCCCCUCCAUCACCCCGUGGGAUUGAGAAGAGGGGCCCCCACAGCCCUCAGCAGCACCGGCUCUUCAGGGUGGUCCGCACACCCGUGCUCAAUAACAUCAGGAACAGUUUAGACCUGGCUCUGUCUCGACCAAUCACAGCCCUGGACAACGAGCGUUUCACCGUUCAGACCAUCAUGGGCAAAUAUGCAUGUCCUGCUGUGUUGGUGGCCUUCUUCACUGUUAACACAGUGCGCUUCUUCUGUGACACUCCCAGUCUGACUCCUGCCCCAUUCAACUUCUUCCAGUUGCAGAUGAUGGGAGUGCUGCCUAUCCUUCCUCUGCUGUUCCCCGUCAUGUGGGUGCUGGUGAAUGCAUAUGGGGAGGCUCGUGUUUUAGCAGAGUCCAGCCGCAACUCCCCCAUUGGAAUGCUUGCUAAGUUCUCUGAGGACACUCUGAGCAGCUACACGGAAGUGGUGUCCUCGCAGGAGAUGUUGCGUUCUGUGUGGAGGCACCUGGUGGGCAUGCUAAAGGGAGAAUCACGUACACUUUGCUACACCUCCAGUCUGUUGCACGAUCUGGGAUCAGUCACAGUGCUGUGCUGUGUGGACAAGCAGGGAAUCUUGUCAUGGCCCAACCCCAGCCCAGAGACUGUGCUGUUCUUCAGUGGGCGUGUGGAGAUGGAUCAUGACAGUCAGGAGGACCUCAGAGAUGACCUCUCAAUCGAUUCCUACGGCCGAAUGGAGGGAGAGGAGGACCGAGAUGAGCAGGUCCAGGAGGUAGAAGCUCUCCUGCGCCUCCCCAUGGGCGACUGCUCCGCCCUGAUGAUGGCAGGAGAACAGGAGCCCAGUGAGACGUCCCAUGACACCGCUCGCGCCUCGGACGCACAGAGGCCCCGCCGGGCCCCUCAGACCUCACGCGUCAAACACCCAUCUGGCUCCAAUGUGAGCUUCAGCCAUGACACCGAAGGUGGCGAAGAUCAACCAUCCCAGCAGCCAUGUGUAGAGGAUGCGUCUGGGUUCUGUGAAGCAGAAGACUUUGUGUGUGACUACCACCUCGAGAUGCUCAGUCUGUCCCAGGACCAGCAGAACCCCGUCAGCAUUCAGUUUGAUGACUCUGGCUGGCAGGGCCACCUCCCGUCACUCAAGCCUCUGGGCCUGAACAUCCUGCUCAACCUGUGCAACGCCAACGUCACCCAGCAGCUGUGCCACUUCUCAGACCACCUGUCCAACCUGGCGCUGCAGGAGAGCCAUGGUGCCGUGCUGCCCCUCCACGUGCCCUGGGGCCUGUGUGAGCUCUCACGCCUCAUAGGCUUCACCCCUGGGGCAAGAGAGCUCUUCAAGCAGGACAAUCACCUGGCGUUAUAUCAGCUGCCAUCUGGAGAGAAGAGGCAGGAGUCAGUCCCACGCCGCUCACACCACUUCAACAAGCGCCAGCCUCCCAUCAAUCACCUCAUCAGCCUUCUUGUGCGCGACGGCACCACCAGUAAUGUGCAGAUGCUCUCUCAUGGCUCAGCAGACCUCAUACUGGAGUCCUGCACAGACUUCUGGGACGGUUCUGACAUCUACCCCCUCUCUGGCUCUGACAGAAAGAAGGUUCUGGAUUUUUAUCAGCGUGCCUGCCUAGCGGGUUACUGCUCAGCAUUUGCCUAUAAGCCCAUGCAGGUGACGCUCUCAUCUCAGUUGAAUGGGAAGUGUGUGGAACUUGCUCCGGGCCCAGCUCUGUUUUCUGGGCUGGACUUGCCUGGCACCACGCCCAUCAAGCAUGGAGGCAGCCGUCGGAAUAGCUGGAGCUCAGAUGAGGGCAUCUGUGAAGGCUUAGAGCGGGAGGACUGUGUCCAGGCCUUGAGUGGUCAGAUCUUCAUGGGCAUGGUGUCGUCACAGUUCCAGGCCCGUUUGGACACGGUGCGGCUCAUUGACGCACUGGUGACAGCGUGCAUCCGCUUUGUCUAUUUCUCCAUGGAAGAUGAACUGCGCAGCAAGGUGUUUGCUGAGAAGAUGGGGCUGGAGACUGGAUGGAACUGCCACAUUUCUCUGACGCCCAACGGGGAAGGACAGUGUGAUGGCGCCCCCUCUAGUCCCGGCUCGCUGCACGAUGACCAUCUGCAAGACUCCCGUGAUGAGGCUGAGGGGCCAUUACUACCAGAAGAUGAGGGCCACUCCGACCUCGCCGGCUUCCAGCCCACUGAUAGCGACGUGCCCAGUUUUCUGGAGGAUUGCAAUCGAGCUAAACUGCCUCGCGGGAUUCACCAAGUGCGUCCCCAUCUGAAGAACAUCGACAAUGUACCUCUGCUUGUUCCACUUUUCACAGACUGCACCCCUGAAACAAUGUGCGAGAUGAUGAAGAUCAUGCAGGAGAAUAGGGAGGUCACGUGUUGUCUUGGCAGUUCAGCCAAUUUCCGCAACAGUUGCUUGUUCCUUCAGAGUGAUCUCAGCAUUGCUCUGGACCCACUGUAUCCAUCUCACUGCUCAUGGGAGACGUUUGGCUAUGCCACUGGCUGCAGUGUGAAUGACAGCAGUGAUGAGCUCACACCCCUCAGCCUAUCAGGACAGCUCAACUCACUGGGCUGCUCUGUCAACUUCCACCAGGGUGAGAGUGUCAGCAUGGUGAAGCUCAUUGAACAGGCACGGCACACUACAUAUGGGAUCAGGAAGUGUUUCCUGUUCUUGUUGCAGUGCCAGCUGACCCUGGUCAUCCUUCAGUUCCUGGCCUGUGUGACUCAGCUGCCUCCUCCUCUGAACAUCACUGACAUCCUCUGGUUGUCUUGCUUCUGCUAUCCACUGCUCAGUGUGUCCUUCCUUGGUAAACCACCAGACAGCUCAGUGAUGACUGUUGCCACUGGUAAGAACUUGGACGCUAUUCCAAGAAAGACGCAGCAGUACUUCCUGGGGUGUUUCCUGUUAAAGUUUGGUCUGACCAUGGUCACCUACCUCCUGGGGUUUGGCUUCUCCCUGCUGGAGGUGUGCUCCUUAGCUGCUAACUUCACCCGCGCCGAUGGCAACGUCAGCUGCUUGCACAUAUUCACUGCCAGCUCAUCUACUGAUGCUCCGGGGUGGUUCUAUGAGUUCUCCAAUGGUCUACUGCUGGUCCAAAAGAUCAUGGCUUGCUUCAUGGCCUUGCACAUAGUGGUCAUCUCUAUGAGCUAUGUGCACCGCUCCCAGCCUCUGUGGAAGAAGAACCCCUUCAGUAACACAUGGUGGUGCCUCACUGUCCCUGUAGUGUUGUUGGGCCAGGGGCUACAGGCCACAGUGGACUUCCAGCUGUGGCAGGACCGGAACGCCACCCUGACCUUGUCACUUAGUGACAUCCCCUUUAUGGUCUGGCUAGUGGGCUUCCUUUCCACCAUAGUGGUGGUCCUGGUGAAUGAAGUUGUCAAACUACAUGAAAUCAGGGUUCGAGUACGUUAUCAGAAGAGGCAGAAGCUACAGUUUGAGACUAAACUGGGCAUGAAUUCCCCUUUUUGAGGUCCUGAUAAUGACCAAGAUUGGGAACUGGACCCUGAAGCAAUCUCUGAAAAGGCACAUAUACUCUUGACCAUCAAGUUAAGAAAUCUGCAUUUCUCACCAUUUAAGAGUACCGCUGUCUGAACCUAGAUCCAGCCUGGUCAAAUCCACUUUGAUGCACCAUAUCUCCUUACAAGAACACCAUAACUUACUCCUAAUUUUGUUUGCUUGCAUUCCUUUCUGAAAUACAAAGGUAAUAUUUAUUCUCCUCAGUUUAGAAAAUUGGGAGAGGUCUGUAAGUUCAAUUUGUCUUAACUAGAGGCGCACAAACAGUGAUGAGAAGCUGUGUUUUGUAUGUUUUCUGACUGAUUGCUGUUCUUGGCCAGGGAUCUUGCACUUCAUCUGGUCCCCCUUCACACCUAGUUGAUUUGUGGCAGUUCCCCUCCAGGUGCAUGAUUAGAAAUAUAAGAACAAGAAAUGACCCUUUUGGUUCUCAGUGGUGAGGAUACAGCAGAGGUGAAUGUCAAACAUCCACCUCAGAACUAUCAAAUGCCUCACUUUCAAGAGGACAGACUAGUGGGAUUGUUCUGUCAAGCUCUAUCCGUGGUGAAAAAUAACAUAUCAGUUCAUUAUUGACGGAAAGGCACUUUGUAUUGUACUGUUAUUUACUUUUAGAUCUGGCAGUCACUGUUAUCCAGUCCUUUGCAGCUGGAUGACUGCACACAUUACAUAUGUCUGUACACAAGCUACCUGGGACUCAUGACCUUGUGUUGACUGCUGGUGUGCUGUUCAUGCCUGGCUUCAGCAAUAGGGGCUAUUGAGUGGAUGUGCAGAAAGCCUCAUGCAUCAGCAUACAUUCCUCAUGGUCAUGUACUCCAAUACUUUAGUUGUCUCUUUGUUGAAGAAGGCUUAACUAAUUCUAACUUAACUCAAAUUGUAAAUUCAAAGUUUAUGUUGCCAGUCUACCUCUAGUUCUUUACAGUGGUCAUGAUUUGAACAUGGAAUCUGACAGCAUUUAGGGUUGUGGUUAUUAACUGGUGCAGCUCUGCAGCAAGAUCUUCUUUUUUUCAUCGUCCUCCUUAGUUGUCCACUCGUCUAACCAGGAGCCUUCCAUGUAGCCAAUAAAGCACAGGUACUACGUCUGGGCCACAGGGGGUCAGAUGAGAUGAACGUGGAGGGAGAGUGGCGUGUGUUUAUCUGAUGGUGAUGGAGUGCAGAUGCACUAGUCUGCCCGUAUAAAGAUAAGGUGCUGGGUCCCUGCCUUUCCAGUCUGGCCCGUGAAAAUAAAUGGCCAAACCAAAAAAUAUGUUUUGCCUUCUCCCUUUAACACACCCUAGCACCCCCACCACCCCCCUUUUCUUUUAGUGCCAUCAUCAGUCAAUUACUUUUGAAUGAUUUAGACAUCUCUAUACUAAUCACCUGACCACCAUCCCCCUCUCACACAGUUGCAGACACGUAUACAGAAGCCUUGGUCAUUUGAUUAUACCCCAACAUGCCUUUUACAUGUUCAUAAUGCUGUCUAGCAUCUCUGGUGGCGGAUUUAGGUGUGUAAACAUGUUUGAGCUUUAAGUGGUUGUACAAACUCCAGCCACUUAAACUCAUAUUCCGAUGAGAUUUCCUCUUAUAAAAUCAGUCUUUGCAAGUCAGUCUUCUUGGAAUGAAGAACUCAGGGCUGUCUAAUAACUCUAAGGCUUCACCAGCAGCCUUAGUUGGCCAAGCCCUACUUUACUAAAUGGCUUUAGCAGAGCUUAUUGGUGCUGCAGUCUCAAUAGGGGACUUUGAAAUAUCACAAAUGACUGUCUAGCAAUCAAAGUCAAAAGGAAUGUUUUUUUUUUUUUUUUAAUAUAGUAGAUCCAUUUUAAACAAUAGUGAAAUUAGGAUCUCUAUUUUUAUGUCAGGUAUAUUUUCUAUCAUUGCUUCAAAUGUUAUGCAUGAAGACUUAAGGGAUGCUGUCUUUGUGAGGACAUUUCAUUCACUUUAGUUGGUUUUGUGUAGACACAACUAUGGAGGCUCAAUCAAGCAUGUGUUGUGGGUGUCCCUCUCCCCAUCACUGACAAUCUCAUUGAUCUGCUCCCACAUAGGACUGGGAUAAGGGUGAACAUGUGCACUGGCCAAUCUCAUUGAACUGCUCCCACAUCUGACUGGGAGAAGGGCGAACAUGUGCACUGGCCAAUCUCAUUGAUCUGCUCCCACAUAGGACUGGGAUAAGGGCCAACAUGAGCACUGGCCACUGAAAUGCAUUGAUUGACAUGACAUACUGUACAGUAGUACUUGACUACUUCACGAAUGUUCACAGGUUUUAUGAAUGUUAAUGAUUGGUGUACAUUUUGUAUAUUUUUUACCUCUGUAAUAUUAUUUUACCCAAAUAAUUUGUGUAUCAAUUAUCGUAUGUCAUGAUAAUAAAUGUUUUUUAUGUUA